AAAAAUAAAAAAAAAAACAACAAUAUUACUUCCCUUACGUGAUGUUAUGAUUGAAAUUAUUUUAUAUUAUCAUCGCGCACCUGAAACGUAACAGAAGCGUGUUGAGUAUAUCUGUCAGCAGCAUUUAAGUUACGUCGACUACGUCAUAGAUGGACGACGACAUCGACGACAAGUUUAGGUAUGAUUUUAGCAAUGGCGGUAAUGAGUGUGUCUCAUUUGAGUGAAAUCAAAGGUGAGACAUUACCACAACAACAACAAAAUUUAGAUCGUGAUGAUGUUAACCUGGUGCAGGUGAAUAAAUGUUGCGAGAAAUUCGAGAUACAUUUGGAUACAGUAUGCACUCAAGUUAAUGAAACAGAAUUCUUCCAACCAAUGUUUACGAGUUACAGUGGCGAACAUAACAUUCCAGUGAAAUAUAAAUUUGUGAUUGGUAUACCAGGAUGUGGAUCAAUGCAAACAUGGCCUAUAUACCAUUAUCCAGGAAGUGCAGAUAAAUUAAUUCUUUUAAGUGAUGGUAAACUACGACAUUAUACAAAUACAAAUGAGGAUCAAUACGAACAUGCAGAUUAUCAAGAUGAAGAUGAUAAUGAACGUAAACCAUUAUUUCAUGAUUAUAGACAAGGACAGUAUUGUCUUGAUAAAGCAAUUUCAACAAGUGGUGAUCAUCGAACAAUACUUUUUGCCAACAUUUGUUUAGCAAAAAAAGAAAUCAAAUGGACUGAUACAAAUUUUUUACUCAGGAAAAUCUUGAAUCCAAUUUUUCAUGGUAUCUCAAUUAUCAUGCUUUUAUUGGUUGCAAUUAUUUAUUUUAUUUUACCAACUUUAAGAGAUUUAGUUGGAAAUAUUAUAACAACUAUUGCCAUGUGCCUUUUAGUGAGUCAAGCUGCUGACCUCGUUAGGAUUUUCACAGAAUUUAGCAGUCAUGUUAGCUAUAUUAUUGUGGAUACAAUUUUAUACAUUAGCUUAUUGGGGGCAUUUUUCUGGCUAAAUAGCUUUGGUUACUACAUAUGGAAGACCUUCAGAUCUAGGAAUGUUUUUUUGCGAGUAACAGAUGGUCGUAAAUAUUGUUAUUAUUCAGCAUAUGCCUGGGGUGCUACUGGAACUAUGGCAGCCACUGCAAUAUUCUCACAUUUCUUCCUCGAUGCCGAUUCGUAUAAGAAACAAAAUAUAAUUGCCGAUCAAGAGACUAUCGGUUGGCUGGGAAUAGCAAUGUUUUUCUCACCAAUUGCGUGUACAAUUUUAAUUGAUAUAUUCUUUUAUGUAACAACAUUAAAAUUGAUCAAUCGACGAAAUGUUUAUGGAAGAAUUCAGCAUAAACUUAAAGCAAACUUUAUUAUGUAUUCAUUACUACUACUUGUGAUGGUGAUAUCAUGGAUAUUUUUAAUUCUAUCUUGGUUAGAAUAUGAAGGACUAUUAUAUGCACAUAUAAUAGUCAAUGCUAUACAAGCUCCAUUAAUUUUAUAUAUUUGUGUCUUAAGACAAAAACAUGUAACAUUUUUAUUGAAAAAAUCAUGCUGCUACAACGAACCACCAUCGUCAAACGAUUGGGGAGACGAAAUGAAUUAUAUGAAUGGAAAUGAUUAUUAACGAACAAAAAUUAGAAUAAAGAAAUAAAAACUGCUGCCAGAGCGCAAUGAACUUGAAUCUCUAGGAUGUAAAAAAAAAACAAGAAAG